UGUUUACUUUUUUGUAGGAGUAGGGUGACGAUUGUAAUGUUUACGUGUUGUCAUUUCAGAUAGAACGAUGAUUAUUUCUUUUGUUUUAAUCAGUCUUUUCAAACUUUAAAAAAAAAUUCUGAAAAUAAUAAUCCUGGGGGAAUUUUUAUUUAUUUUAAUAUAAAAACCUAAAGUUCAUUAUAUUCUGAAAAUGUGGUCAUUUUUUAGCAGAGAUGCUGCUAAAGAUUUUGGUUAUGAAUUAUCCACAGAAAUUGAAAACUCAACUGAAUAUUUCAUUUGGAAAAUUCAUAAUGGAAAGAAAAAAAUAACUGGAGAACCAGUCACAAUAUUUGUAUUUGAAGCUUCUCCUGAAACGCAAACAUUGUUAGAUAUUGCAAAAUCUGCUGUCAAACGUUUGAAAACCUUAAGGCAUCCAAGUAUAUUAACUUAUGUGGAUAGCUUAGAGACUGACAGACUUGUAUAUUUAGUUGUUGAGCCAGUUGAACCUUUAGAAACAUUUUUGUCUAAAAAUUCUUAUACUGCAAACCAAAAACUUUUAGCUUUAUCAUGGGGUUUACAUCAAACAGCAUCAGGUUUAGGUUUUCUAAACAAGGAUUGCAUGUUGUCCCACAACAACAUUUGCUUAUCGUCCAUUUUUGUGGAUCGAGCUGGAGAAUGGAGACUUUUUGGUUUGGAAUAUGUGGCUUCGGUAAAGGAACCAUUCCCAAUAAAAGUUCUUCCAGCAUUAAGAACAUACAAUCCACCUGAACAUGAAACAUCUAGGCAAGAAGACUUUCCGCCAUGGGCAUAUGAUAGCUGGGGACUUGGAUGUUUGAUUUGGGAAGUUUUUAAUGGUAGAUUAAGUAAAGUUUCAUCAUUGAAAAAUCCAGGAAAGAUACCAUCAAACUUGCAACCAUUGUAUUGUGAACUAGUUUGUGCAAAUCCAAAGUCUCGACCAAGUUCAAUCACAUUUUUGAAGAAAGCAUCAAAAGGAAAUGGUUUCUUCAAGAAUAAAUUUGUUGACAGCAUGCUUUUUCUUAGAGAAAUUCAUAUCAAAGAAACUGAAGAAAAAAUUUCUUUCUUCAACAAUUUACCUGCUUCAUUAGAUUCUUUUCCUCAAGAUAUUUGUUUAUAUAAAGUAUUACCUGAACUUGUGAAUGCUUUUGAGUUUGGAAAUGCUGGUUCAUCAGUACUGACUCCUAUGUUUAAGUUAGGGAAACUUUUACCUGAAGAUGAGUAUCAAAAGAAAAUAGUACCUUGUAUAGUUAAAAUGUUUUCAUCAAAGGACAGAGCUACAAGAGCUAAGCUCCUUCAACAGAUAGAACAAUUUAUUGAUCACAUCCAGCCAUCUGUUAUAAAUAAUCAGAUAUUUCCAAAUGUUGCUCAAGGUUUUCUUGAUACAAAUCCAACUAUUAGAGACCAGACAAUCAAAUGUAUGCUAUAUUUAUCUCCUAAGUUAAAUUACCAAAAUUUGAAUGAAGAAAUGUUGAAGCAUUUUGCAAGACUUCAAUCAAAGGAUGAACAAGGUGGAAUUAGAACAAAUACAACUGUCUGCCUUGGGAAAAUAGCAUCUUAUUUGCAUCCUCAAACUAGAAAGAAAGUUUUAAUUAGUGCAUUUUUGAGAGCUUUAAGAGAUCCAUUUCCACCAGCAAGAAGUGCAGCAAUUUUAGCACUCUCAGCCACUGAGCAUUAUUAUGGUAUUACUGAUUGUGCUACCAAGAUCUUACCUGCACUUUGCCAUUUUACUAUUGAUCCAGAAAAAAGCAUUAGAGACCAGGCAUUCAAAGCAAUUGGAGGGUAUUUGAGUAAAUUAGAAAAAGUUUCUGAAGAUCCAAGUUUAAUCGAAAAAAUGGAGGAAGAAUUGCAAUCUACUACACCAGUUUCUAUUGCUGCAAGUUGGACAUCUUGGGCCGUGACAUCCCUUACUGAUAAGUUUUAUAAAAGUUCUGCCAAAAAUCAAGCCCAAACUACAAAUCAAAGCAUUUCUCCUUCUUCAUCAGAAACUAAAGUUGGAAGCUCUGAAAAACAGCUGGAGCAACUAGAAAAACCAGAAGAUAAUAAGAGAGAUGUUGAUUCGUGGAAUGAUGAUUGGGGUGAUGCUCAAGAAGAGUUAUCAGAAGAAGGUGUUGGAACAAAUAUGGCAUCUUCACCAUCUAGUACGGAACAGCUGAAUGAUAAUACUGGAUGGGAAGAAGAUUGGGAAAGUCUUGAGACUGAUCCCAAUGUUGUUAAAAAUACUGAGAAGCUAAGAAGUUAUUUUCCUGAACAACAAGAUGACGAUCCUUUUAGUUCAUUCCAAAAGAAAACUAGCCAGGUUAGACAAGAGUUACCUUCCCCCACUGAAAGUGGAGAUUGGGAGACAGAUAACUGGGAUUCUUGGGAAUCCAGUGGAGUAACUAAAAAAAUUGAAUCAGAAAGUGCUUCAGAAUCUCAACUAAGCAAGCAAGAAGCAAAUCGUCUAGCUCGUGAAGAGAAGCGCAAAUUGAGGAUGCAACAAAGACAACAAGGAAUUCAACAAAGGCAGCCGAAAAAACUGGGAGCUCAAAAAAUUUCAUAACAUAACAGAAAUCAUGGUAUUUAUAAAGUUCAGAGGAAAAAAAAUUUAUAUUUUACAUGACUUUGUUUUUAUCUUUGUAAUUCCAUAUUUCUUGUCUAAGUCAUGUCGUGAAUGUUUUAUAGAUGCAUCGUUAUUGUAAAAAAAAUAUUGUGAAAUAAAGCUGGUACUUUUUACGA